UGGAUUUUUACCCAGGAGCGUUCUGUGAGAUGGAAAUUGAUGAGUGUGGUUCCAAUCCAUGUAAACACGGAGGAACAUGCAUUGAUUCCAUAGGCCACUUUAAGUGUACCUGCCUCAUGGGAUUUGAAGGUGAAAAAUGUGAACUGGAUAUCGAUGCCUGCUUAUUCUACAAUAUAAGCUGCACCUCAGAGGAACUGUGUGUGGACAGACCUCAUGGACUUAAUUAUACAUGUUUGUUACCAUGUAUUGAAAAUAUAGAGUCAUGUGCAAAUGGAGGUAGCUGCUUCCUUGAUGAAGACAACAAGAGUUCUCAAUGUGUCUGUGCUCCUGGAUGGACUGGGCGAACGUGCCUGGAGAACAUUAAUGACUGUGAAGAGAACUGGUGCCAGCAUGGAGCCACUUGUGAAGAUGGAAUCAAUGAAUACAGGUGCAUGUGUCCUCUGGGAUACACUGGCUUCUUCUGUGAUCUUGACAUAGAUUACUGCAUUGGAAACCAGUGCUCAAAUCAUGGCUUCUGCCAGGACAACUUGAAUAAUUAUAGCUGUCGCUGCAUGCCUGGAUAUGAAGGACCCUUCUGUGAAGUGGAGAUUAAUGAAUGUUCAAGUUCACCCUGCAAAAAUGGGGCCACCUGUAUGGAUUUAAUUGGCCACUUCUCAUGCCAAUGUGUCGCAGGCUUCAAAGGCAAGUUUUAA